AAUACGCACGAACAAAUUUUCACAUUCACAACACGAUAUUGUACCACUACUACGCGAAAUACUAUCCUCAUUCACCAGUUUACGUGGUAUAAACAUACAAAUUGCAUUUAUUCUUAAAAAUUGUAGUCUAGAGUUUACCGUUGCAUAAGAAACAACGAAGAAAUUGGUGAAACGUAACUUGGUGUUAUUGUAGUUGUAUUAUAUUAGCGAGACGUGUAGAUCCGGUAAACCCAAGACAUGAACUAAAGAACACACAACUGGGUCAGAUAUAUUUUUAAUAAAUAUGUCUCUAAAGAAAGAAUCUUUAUCAGAUGUACAGUUGCACUUGGCCGCGCUCAAUGGAGACAUUUCGUUACUUAGAAAAAUUUUAGAUAGUGGAAAAGUCCACGUGGAUUCCAGAGAUAAGGAUGGAACGACACCGUUGAUAUUAGCGGCUGCCAAUGGACAUUACGAAUGCGUAAAAGAGCUUAUAGAACAGGGAGCGGAUCCGAAAUCAAAAAGAAUAACAGGCACAACUCCAUUAUUUUUCGCAGCUCAAGGAGGAUUUCUGGAUAUUGUCCAAUAUCUAUUGGAUAAAGGAGCUCCAGUAGACUCUUUAAGCGUAGAUGGUGGUAGUCCCUUAUUUGUAGCUUGUCAAUGCGGUCACAUAGACGUAGUUAAAGAAUUGAUCAAUAGAGGGGCCCAAGUUAAUACUCAUAUGAAGGAUAAAGCGAGUCCCCUUUUCAUAGCUGCUCAAAACGGUCAUUAUAAAAUAUUAGUAUUUUUAUUGGCGCAAGGAGCCGAAAUCGAUUCGAGACGAACGGACGGGGCGACGCCAUUGUGGAUAGCGGCGCAAAUGGGACACGAUCACAUAGUAGCGCAGCUUUUGAGGGCCGGUUCAAAAGUUGACGCUGCCAGGCAUGAUGGAGCAACGCCUCUUUUCAAAGCAUCGCACAAAGGUCAUUCGGCAGUAGUAGGUGAAUUAUUGAAAUACAAACCUUCCUUAGAUGUCCUACCAAAUGGAGAAACGGCCUUACACGCGGCCGCUUUUUCAGGUAGCCUUCCUGUUUGUAAACAGCUAAUAGCUGCCGGAGCUAAUCCUUGUCAGAAAAAUCAAGAGAAUCACACUCCUGCAGAAAUAGCUUUGAUGCACAGAUACAACGGUGUUGCCGAUUAUUUGAGAAAUUGUGAAAAUCGUGGCCACACUAAGAAAUAACAGUUACGUCUUGUCGUUUUUUGUUUAAUACGCAUGGGUCAUUAAGCCCCCGGACUAAUAAUUAAAAAAUAGCACUGCAGUGCCAUCUUUGUGUCGGUGCUGGGAGUUGAUGAUCCAUGUUAUAUGUCAGGGAAAAUAUUUUUAGGAGAAAAUUUUUCAUUUUUUGAUGUGAAUAACGAAAAUUUUUAAAUUAGACUGUACUUAAGACUUAGUCAUCGUGCCUUCCCCAUACUAAUAUCAGUAUUAACAAAUAAUUUCAUGCACUCUCAUAAAAUUUAUAUAGCGGUGUUGCCGGACUUUUUUUAUAAAUAGUAUAGUAGUGUGAAUAUAGGAUAUUUUAUUCGGAAGGAUACAAAGAUUGAGAUGUUGCCAGAUGUAAUAUUUCGUAGAAUUACGGGAGAAUUGAUAGAUUUUUUAUCAAAUGCACAGAUAUAUCACGAUGUUGCCGUUGCCGUUGUAGUAUUUCUUUCAAAGACCCGAAGAAAUAUCCAAAUAAUAUAAACUUUGCGAUGUUGCCAAAUGGAAUUUUUCAUAUUAUAUGGGGAAAAAUUGAAAUACUAUUAAACUGAUGCAAUAUAUAGAUCGCGGUGUUGCCGGACGUACUUUUCCAUAAUAUAUUCGAAAAUCUAGAAAUCAUCGUGCAAAAAUAUAUAGGAAUUGCGAUGUUGCCAGACGUAAUAUUUCAUAAUAUAUUCGGAAAUCUAGAAAUCAUCAUACAGAAAUAAAUAGGAAAUGCGGUGUUGCUGAACGUAAUUUUUUGUAUAAUCUAAGAAAUUAUCUACUAUUAUCCUCGAUUUGUACCGUUGCCAAAUGUAACUUUUUUCAGAUCUAGGGAAAGUUAGAGACGGCCGUAUAGAGGUUCCGAUAUUGCCAAACUCCCAUUUUUCCCGAAUAUAGAGAAAUUAAAACAAAUGUGUACAAACGUAUAUAUACAUUGCGGUAUUGCCAAAUGUAUCUUUUAGGACAAAUCACGAGUAAAAAUAUGUUUAACCGCCAUGUUGUCAAUUCCCAGUAUUAUUAUUGUUACUUUAUACAAUAUUCUUUUAUUCAACCAGCUGUUUUUACAUCACGGAAAUUUAUAUAUUAAUAUUUUUGACAUCACACUUUUUUUUCAGUUACUAGUACUGCUUCGAAAUAAAUUUGUUAUGAACCUAUAUCUAUAUAGGUUAAAUAUUUUUUUUUGUUAUAUCCAUAAAAGUUGUUAGUUAUGUAAAUAUUUGAAUUAUUUUCGGUGCUGUUAUUUAUUAUGCUAAAUAGUUUUAUUAACGCAAUUUUGUAUUAAAAACGUUGUUUAC